AUCCCACUCAUCAGUUCACCUGCCCUCAGCAUUUGACUAUAUAGCCUUCCACCGAUUUCUCAGCCUCCAUAAAUACUUGUAGAACUCCUACUCCUUUAUUUCCACCACUCACAAAAUGGUUUCGUUAGCCUACUUGAUCACCCUUCUGUCUCUCCUCGUCGCCGUUUCUCGCGCAGAGGAAGUGGCUGCCGGCAAGACUGAAGACGUGGACCCCAAAUACUGGGGAUACGGAAGGAGAUACGGUUCGUUCUACAACAGCUUCGGAAACUGUUACUCGUGGGGAUGCGGCUUCACAAGCGGCUUGAUGCUCAACUCAUGGGGCGUCCCAUGGAUCAACAAUGUGUUCAACACUUACAACUGCUAUGGAGGUGGCUGGCUCCUCCGCGGACCUGGCAUGUACUUCGUCAAGGCCACUGAGGAGGCUCACAGUGUCGCCCGACGAGCUCUCCCCGUUAGUGCUGAACAACUUGUCCGACGAGAGGCCGGAGUAACUUGCAUUAGCAACAAGGGAGUUUCUAGCACUUUCUCUCCCAGUGAAUGUAUUAAGGCUGCUCAUGAGUUGGCCGAGAAGAAGACCAGCAGCGCUACCCACGGAAGCUGCACCUUGACUCUUGUUACCAAGAAUGACAAAGUCGCCCCAAGUCAAUCCUCGAGCCAAAUCCUUGAGAAGGCCGUAAACAGUAUUUUGGGUGCUUGCGGGAAAACCUCCGAGACCCAGAGCCAGAACAAGAACGCUCGCCGCGCUGCCGCCGCUGGUCAAGAAGACGACACCCGGGUUGCCCUCCUCCUUUCCAAGCCCAACUGAUCUCCUUGUACUCGCAGCAAGAAGCAUUCAUUCAACUGUGUUCAUUCUAUAUAUCAGCUCUUCCUUUACUUAUUUCUCUCUCUCUCGGGUCAUCAUUGUAUCUAAUGCUAUCGUUAUAUAAAGUGUAACUGCAGUGGUUUCAUUUUCAAUGCAAUGGGUUUCUUUCAUCUC